ACCCUUAAUUUGUGCCAGCCUCCUUUUACUACAUUCGGACACAUUACCUAAUUCAUUUCUAAAGUUGCCUUCUCUUUUGGUACGUUCCAGUUUGGGCUGGUUUACUCUCUACGUUGCUGCAGCCCUCUUGUCUUGGUGUAUCCCUUCACUAUUAUAUUGGGCUAUGUUUUUGUUUCUGUUUUUUUGUUGGACUGCUUGUGUGUGUGUGUGUGUGUGUGUGUGAUAAAUUUUAGAGAUCUUGCAUGUCUCUUCCUCAUAUUUGAGUAAUAGUUUGACUGGGUAUAGACUUACAGGUUGGGAAUAAUUUUUCCUUAGAAUUAUUUUGAAGGCAUCAGCUUAUUGUUUUCUAUCUUCCAAAUGUUAUUAAGGAAUACAGUGCUAUUCUGGUUCUUAAUUUUUUGUAUGUGUUCAUCCCCUCCCACCCCAGACGUCCUAGGAUCUUCUUUUUGUAAUGUUCUAAAUUUUCCCAAUAACUUAUUUUGGAGAGGGCCAUCCAUUGUGCUGGUUACUUUGGACUUUUCAAUAUGGAAAGUCAAAUUUUCCAGUUCUGGGAAUUUUCCGUGAGUUGUUUGUGGAUUCCUCCAAUCCCCGUUCUCUUUCUGAAAACAACAGUUGUUUGGAUGUUAGGCUUCCUGGUUAAUUUCCUGAUAGUCCAUUUACUCUCCUGUUUACUGUCUUCUCUUUGUCCUUGUGGGAGAUUUCCUCCCGUUUAUUUUCUAACUUAUCUACUUAAGAGUUUUCCUUUUUUCUGCUAUCAUAUUUUUAAUGUCUAAGACAUUUUUUGAUGGAAUAUUCCUUUGUUUUGACAUCUUUCAUAUUAAAAGCUUUCUCAAAUUCUUGGCUGUCUGCUCUUUUUUAAGAGUGGGACCCUGAAAAACCGAUUGGAAGAUCUUUUGAAGAGUGGGGGUAUGGGGAAGCUUAUUGAAUGUGGGCUUCACUCUGACUGGGCCAUUACAAUGGGGAACACAUUCUUUAAUCCUUUUCUGUUACAUACAGAAGAUUCCCCUGAAAAGCUGGUGUAUCCUCUAAGUCAAGGAUAUAAGCCAGGCUACCCAUUUUCUGGGAAGAGAGUGAGGAAGGCAGCCCGAAGAGUCUCAUCUUUCAGUGUAUAAACUUAAAUUUCAUAAACCUGUUUUCAGUAAGGUACCCAAGCCUUUAAUGGUGUCUGAUGCACCUCAAUUUAGAUGCCAUCUCUUUAGUCUCUCAAGUCCUACCAGCUUUUGAGUGGGGCGGUUCCUUGGAGGAGGGAGAGCAUCCGGGGGUCUAUUUGUUUCUUAUACAGUCUUUCAGCAUUCCCUCUUUUCAGCCCCACUUUCACCUCCACAUAGUUUCCUGGUGUCAACAAUCCCUGAGCCUUUUGGGAGUUGUGGGAUGUCAGUCAAGUCGCUUGCUUUCCCAUUGCUGGCUCUGGGACUCAGCUCUCUGUCAGCUAAAUUACUUUUCAUCUAAAGGCUUUUCAUUUUCCAAAAUUUUCUCAAAGUUUCUUAUUGCUGGUCAUUGCCUUUUAAAAAUGUACCCUUUACUAUUAUUUCAGUUAAGGUUUUGCAAGGGAGCAAAGGCUCUGGGUACAUUCAUUCUCCCAUAUGCUAUCUUUAACUGGUGUUCUGCCUGACAUCUGUUUACUUUAGUUUUUCAGGCAAAAAAAUAGAAUCUUAAUUCCAUUCAUAGACGGAGCUGUGUGUAGGUCCUCCUCUUUCUUCCUAUUGUUUGCAGCACAGUGAGGAAACUAGAGAAAAGGGGGUCAACGACCCGGAAAACUUGCUUUAUUACAUGAAGUCCUAACUGUGAUGGCAUGGUUAAAACUUGACGCAUACGUGUUUUGAAGCGGUCUGUUCUUGAUUUUUAUCCCUGACGUUGCUUCUUUAAAACAGGUAUGCGCAUUUUUGGUGUAGCAUAUUUUACUCUAUGCCUUGUAUCGUAAUCAGUAGCUAGUUCUGCUAAGUGUACGUGGCCCAGUUUUGGGGGCUGGAGAAUAUAAUGGAAGUGAUCCUGCCUGUGCCUUCAGUUUCCACACUAGUGUGCCGUCAAGGGGGAAUACCCAUUUCAGCUUUUCCAGACUGUUGGUUUUGGUUCUCAAGCAAGUCCCUUUGUCCCGAAUUGACACUUCAACUGGUUACUCUACUUUUUUUCAUUCGCGCUGUAAAAUGAGGGCUUUUUGGCUUCUACCUGCCUGUUUCUUACACAUGAAGGAUGAGAAACGGGGUACAACUAAGCUAUGCAGAUGCUCUUCCUUCAAAAAGGCUGGGCUGAACUUAGGUCUUGUUUGGAACCUGUUCACAGACAAGGCAAAACUGUUUAUCGUGACACUGCCUCAAACUACGUUUUCGACAGAUGCUUCCUGUUCCCACAAUGCUCGUGUCACUGCCCCCAUCAGCCCUUCUCAACAGCUCUCCCUAGCUGCCCAGCUCCAGCGCUGUCUGAGCCGCAGGGUGUAAGAUUCACAAAGCGCUCAGGGGUCGUGACCGAGCAGGCUCCCCACGGUCCCGUCCGGCAGCUGGCCAGGGUAUCGGGGUCGCCGGCUGGUCGUUGACAGGCGUCUGUCCGGCCUCUCCGGCCCAGAACCCCCUCCCGGAGGCCCCGGCCGCGGCCCCGGCUCCGCCUAGGAGCGCCCGGGGCGGCCUGCGCACGUUCACACCGCAGGUGCGCAUUUCCCAUCAGCGCCCGGAGAUCGGGUCACACGGAUGCCGUCAGCAGCUCUGAAACCUCUCCACCAGGGCCUCUCCCGACUCCAAAGUCAGCCAGGUCCGACCGGCUCCAGCCGAGAGGGCAGUGACGCCGCUUGCGCUCCCCUGAGCCGCCAACCUGAGAGCAGCGCGACAGGGAGCGCGCGGCCUUCCUUUACGGCACGCGGCGCGCGCCUUUGCGACAGUGUGACGCCAGCAGGUUUUGGCGGGAAAAGUGCUGCAUUUGGAUUCCUGUGGUGGCGGGGACAGGACAGCCUGCCCAGCUACUUAGUGGAGUCAUGGCAGUGCCCUUUGUGGAAGACUGGGACUUGGUGCAAACCCUGGGAGAAGGUGCCUAUGGAGAAGUUCAACUUGCUGUGAAUAGAAGAACUGAAGAAGCAGUUGCAGUGAAGAUUGUGGACAUGAAGCGUGCCAUAGACUGUCCAGAAAAUAUUAAGAAAGAGAUCUGUAUCAAUAAAAUGUUAAACCAUGAGAAUGUAGUGAAAUUCUAUGGCCAUAGGAGAGAAGGCAAUAUCCAGUAUCUCUUUCUGGAGUACUGUAGUGGGGGAGAACUUUUCGAUAGAAUAGAGCCAGACAUAGGCAUGCCUGAACAAGACGCUCAGAGGUUCUUCCAUCAGCUAAUGGCAGGGGUGGUUUAUCUGCAUGGUAUUGGAAUAACCCACAGGGAUAUUAAGCCAGAAAAUCUCCUAUUGGAUGAAAGGGAUAACCUCAAAAUCUCUGACUUUGGCUUGGCAACGGUGUUUCGGCAUAAUAAUCGUGAGCGUUUACUGAACAAGAUGUGUGGGACUUUACCUUAUGUUGCUCCAGAACUUCUGAAGAGAAAAGAAUUUCACGCAGAACCUGUUGAUGUUUGGUCUUGUGGAAUAGUCCUUACUGCAAUGUUGGCUGGAGAAUUGCCAUGGGACCAGCCCAGUGACAGUUGUCAGGAAUAUUCUGAUUGGAAAGAAAAAAAAACAUACCUCAACCCUUGGAAAAAAAUUGAUUCCGCUCCUCUAGCUCUGCUGCAUAAAAUCCUAGUUGAGAAUCCAUCUGUAAGGAUUACCAUCCCAGACAUCAAAAAAGACAGAUGGUACAACAAACCACUCAAGAAAGGGACAAGGAGGCCACAGGUCGCUUCAGGAGGGGUAUCAGAACCUCCAGGUGGAUUCUCUAAGCACAUUCAAUCCAAUCUGGACUUCUCUCCAUUGAACAGUGCUUCUAGUGAAGAAAACGUGAAGUACUCCAGCUCCCAGCCAGAACCGCGGACAGGUCUUUCUUUAUGGGACACCAACCCCUCAUACAUUGAUAAACUGGUACAAGGGAUCAGUUUUUCCCAGCCUACAUGUCCUGACCAUAUGCUUCUGAAUAGUCAGUUACUUGGCACUCCAGGAUCCUCACAGAACCCCUGGCAGCGCUUGGUCAAAAGAAUGACACGAUUUUUCACCAAACUGGAUGCAGACAAAUCUUAUCAUUGCCUGAAAGAGACUUGUGAGAAGUUGGGCUAUCAGUGGAAGAAGAGUUGUAUGAAUCAGGUUACUGUGUCAACAACUGACCGAAGAAAUAAUAAACUGAUUUUCAAAGUGAACUUGGUGGAAAUGGAUGAGAAGAUCUUGGUAGACUUCCGACUUUCUAGGGGUGAUGGACUGGAGUUCAAGAGACACUUUCUGAAGAUUAAAGGGAAGCUGAGUGAUGUUGUGAGCAGCCAGAAGGUUUGGCUUCCUGCCACAUGAUAGAUCCGUUGGCUCUGGGGUUCCUGGUGAAUAUAGUGCUGCUAUGUUGACAUUAGUCUUCCUAGAGAAGAUUAUCCUAUUCUGCAGACUGCAGAUCUAAAAUAAUAGUUCCUGAAGAGAUCUCUUCCUUCUACUAUCCAAAUAUCUUCCACUUCUUUUUGUAUGUUCUGCAUACAGAUAAUACCGAUAUCAUAAUUGUAAAUAAAACUCUGGGGAAGGGAUGGGUAGAACUCAUUGGGUAUUUCUUCAUCAGUGUUUAUUGGUUGAAUUUGAGGCCCAUCUGGUGGAAAGCAAGUUUUGGGAGUACAUGAGUUUACAAGUUUUCAGACCACCUUACUGAAAGAAGAUGAUCAUGUCCCGUUCAUACCAAAACAUUUAGUUUCAUCCCAAAAGUAUGUAUUUCCUCCACAUUGACUGUUAACUGUAGGGGUGAAUUAGUAAAAACGCAGUCCUUCUGACUUUUGGAAAUAGGUUUAUUUGUACUUAUAUUUUAAAAAGUGCUUGUCUAGGUAUAUAAACCUGUUUUUGAACUGUAACUACUAAUUAAAACUGCAAGUAGGUGUGUUUUUCCUGGUGAAUUUAAUAACACGUAGAAUACUGUUUGGUCUUUCUAAUAUAAGUUGAGCAUAAACUUUAGUGCUUAACUAACUUUAAAAAUUAUUGUUGCACAUCUUAAAUGAUUUUUUAUAUUAUUUUCUACUGUCACAGCUAUAUUUUAAUUCUUCACUAUAGAAAUAAAUUCUGUUUUGAA